CCUCUCCUUUCGGCAAAUCCCGAGUGUCCUUUAUUUCUUCUCUCUCGUCGUAUUCGAGUUUCGACCUCCUCUCUCUCUCUCUCCACUUUGAUUCUAUCUGACUUUGACACGUUGCCGUCCUUUCGGCCAGAAUCCACUUUCAUAUACCCACCACGUCUGGAUUAUUAUGAAAUCUAGGGUUAUUGUUUUUUUUUUUUUUUUUUUGUUUUUUGGAACGCCAGGUCGAAUCCUAGCUUAACGAGCUAGGUAUCCUUUCCAUUCGGCUAUGGAACGAACGCAUGCAGAGCAGCAAGAAGUUUCGAGUCACUACAAGCCUUGUCUUCACGAUGGAAGAGUUGAGCAGGGCAGUUUUGACGACUCAGUGCCGACCGUGGACCUCAUGAGCGCCAAUCAACGCGAGGCUAUGAGGGAUAUGGAUGAUUCGCAGCUCAUCGGAGCUCCGGAGGCUAGUGUCACGGCCAAAGAGGACGUGUCCGUGCCGGAGGUGGAGAUGUUGAUGAUGAUGAAAAAAAAGAUGGAGGUGAAGCCGGUGGGGACGAUGGUGGCGAAGAGAAAGCGGGGUCGGCCGCCCGGGGGUCUGGCUAAGACGAACAAAACCACGCCGCUGGUUAGGAAGAAGAAGGACGAAGAGGAUGUGUGUUUCAUAUGCUUCGAUGGCGGGAGCCUUGUGCUAUGUGAUCGCCGGGGCUGCCCUAAAGCAUAUCAUCCUGCCUGCAUUAAGCGAGACGAGUCGUUCUUUAAAUUAAGGGCUAAGUGGAAUUGUGGUUGGCAUAUAUGCAGCAGUUGUCAGAAGGCUGCACAUUAUAUGUGCUAUACUUGUACAUAUUCCCUGUGCAAGGGUUGUAUCAAAGAUGCUGAUUAUCUGAGCGUAAGAGGAAAUAAUGGAUUUUGUGGGAUGUGCAUGAGAACUGUGAUGCUGAUUGAAAAUUUCCAAGAAAAUACAGAAGUGGCUAAAGUGGAUUUUGACGACAAAAGUAGUUGGGAAUAUCUCUUCAAGAUGUAUUGGAUAUUUUUGAAGGGAAAACUAUCAUUAACUUUGGAUGAGCUCAUUCGAGCUAAAAAUCCUUGGAAAGGAGCUUAUUCUAUAGCUUAUAAGGUGGGGUCUUCAGGUGAACUUUAUGAUGGUAUUGAUGACAAAGUUUCUAGUGGUGACAAUUCUUGUGCAGGCCUGCAAACAAAAAAUCCCAAAAAAAGAAAAGCUAACGAGCAGAAUAUUUUUAAUAAGGACUCUUUGGCUAUGGAGAAAACAGGUAGUGACAAAGAUCUGCAUCAGCCGGAAGGCACAAUAUGGGCAUCAAAGGAGCUCUUGGAAUUUGUUGCACAUAUGAAAAACGGUGACACAUCUGUGCUAUCUCAGUUUGAUGUCCAGGCUCUUUUGCUAGAGUAUGUAAGGAAAAACAAUCUCCGAGAUCCUCGCCGGAAAUGCCAAAUUGUUUGUGAUUUGAGGCUCCUAAGUCUGUUUGGGAAAGUGCACAUUGGUCACUUUGAAAUGCUAAAGCUUCUUGAAUCUCACUUUCUAAUAAAAGAAAGCUCAUCAGCAGAUGAUAUAUUAAGGGUGGGAGUUGUCAAUGAUAUUGCUAGCCAGUUGGAGGCUGAUGGGAACUAUGAUAACAAACUUCCAAUAGGUAGUGACAAGGGGCAUAAAACACGCAAAAAAGCUGAUGAUAGGGGAUCACAGACUAAUUCAGAUGCAUUUGCAGCAAUUGAUGUUCACAAUAUUAACUUGAUUUACCUGCGGCGUAAUUUAUUGGAGAGUCUUAUGGAUGAUGCUGACAAAUUUCAUGACAAAGUUGUUGGGUCCAUUGUGCGAAUAAGAAUUCCCAAUAAUGAUAAAAAACAAGAAACAUAUAGGCUUGUACAAGUUACAGGUACAAGCAAGGUGGCUGAACCAUAUAAACUUGGAGAAAGAAAUACUGAUGUGAUGCUCGAGAUCUUAAAUUUAGAAACGAAAGAAGUCAUAUCAAUUGAUGGAAUUUCAAAUCAGGACUUCUGCGAGGAUGAAUGCAAGUGUUUACGCCAGAGUAUAAAAUGUGGGCUCAUCAAACGAUUGACUGUGGGUGAGAUUCAGGAAAAAGCAAUGACACUUCAAGCAGUGAGAGUAAAUGAUGUGCUGGAAGCUGAGAUAAUACGACUUAAUCAUCUACGUGAUCGGGCAAGUGAAAAGGGACAUGAGAAAGAAUUUAGAGAAUGCGUGGAGAAAUUACAGCUUCUGAACUCACCUGAGGAACGACAGCGCAGACUGCUUGCGAUUUGCGAAGUACACAUUGAUCCUAAAAUGGAUCCAAGUCAUGAGUCUGAGGACGAUGUGGGAGAAUUAGAUGAGAAGAAACAAGAUGAUAAUGUGAGGACAAAACUUUCUGGAUAUGCAAGAAAGGAGAGUGACCCUUUCUCUGCUCGAAGAGCAGGUGAUGUCUCAAAUGAUUCUGGAACCGGGGCACAGAAAAACUUAGCCAAGUCUUGCAAGCAAACUAGAAAAGCUGGUAUCACAAACAGUCCUGAUAAAGGUGGAGCUACUUGGUUUCAUGAGAUAAUGAAUGAAUCUUCUUGGAAGAAAAAAGAAGCAUCCGACUUAAAUAAUUGGGAUACACCAGCAAACCAGAUCAAUACUUCUGGUUCAUUGACCAUUGUUUGCAACAGUCAGGCAGUGGUGAAGUCUAAAUUGUUUUCUGGGGUUGCAGCAGAAAUUUCACCGCUGGCUCUUUCUACACAGGCAGACGAAUCUGCUAACAAUUUUGAGACUGACAAAAUUUGGCACUACCGAGACCCAAAUGGAAUAAUUCGAGGACAAUAUUCUAUGUCACAACUACGCAAAUGGAAUACCAGUGGACACUUCCCUCCUGAUCUCAGAAUAUGGAGGAUAAAUGAAAAGCAAGAUAAAUCUGUACUUUUGAAUGAUGCGUUAAGUGGGAAAUACCAUGAAGCAAAGAUGGUGCCAGAUAAUGGUAAUUUACUGUCUCAAGAUCUUGGAGUUGCCACAGAUCAUAGAGAUAAUAAUGGCGAUGGUGGGUUAAGCACAAGUACAUAUGCCUCUCAGAUAGACAAUAAAAAAGAGGAAAGCUGGAAGCCAGUGCAGAAUGACUCAAGUGGUAAUGAUGGAUUGUUCAGGAGCGAUGAAAGGGUCUCUAGUUCAUCUAGUUGGACUACACCUGCUGAUGUCACCAACACUAAUGAGAGAAAGAAUGGUAGUUUUGAACCAGGCUGGGACUCAUCAAAGGGUAAUAGUUCUUGGCCUGACCAGCCCCAAGCGGAUAGUAGUUCACUAGUCCCACCUGCAUUUUCUGGGAAGUCGUUUGGAUAUGUAUCAUAUCCAGUGAGGGAAGUUUAUGGGGGUGAAUGUACUUCUGGUCGGGAGAAUGGAAAUUGCAAUUCACAGAGCACUGCUGACGGUCAGUUUAAAAGUGAACAGGGUUUUGAGCACCGAUUUGACAGUGAGGGCCAUUCAGGCCAAUCUUCUGGGCAGAGCUGGAGACCUCCACCUGUAAAUGUAUCAUCAAGUGACUGGGUUUCCAGCUCUGGUUUCAUUUCUCUAGUUAAGUCACUUAAAACAACGGAGCAAGCUCAGGAAAUUGAUUUUCAAGGUCAGUCAAGUCCCACUCCAAAGCAAAGCAAUGAAGACUUAGAAGUUCAGGCUCCCAAAAACAAACGAGCUGCUUCAAGUGUUCCCGUUCAGGAUGCAGGCCCUAACAGGAGUACUGCCUCUAGUUUAGUGGGUGGUGGCGGAAAAGUUUCUGAAGUAGCCGAUGAAUUGGGUGGUUACUCCUCAACUCCUGCCAAACCUUCCUUUGGGGAUUGGGGCUCCAGUAUUGUUUCUGCAUCAUCUCUGAAACCAACUGAAAUUGUUCAUGCUGCAACCCCGACUUCAAUCAAUGAUCAACUGACGCAUUCUUCCCCAUCCCAUCCAACAUCUAAUGCAUCUAGUUGGCAAGCAAUUGUUACCGAACCCACAGAGUUUUGCUCUUUAGUUGAUGAAUCUGUUUCAGAUCUGUUGGCUGAAGUUGAAGCAAUGGAGUCUCUUGAUGGCUUGCCGUCCCCUACUUCAAUUAUGAAAUGUAGAGACGCAUUGACACAAGAUUCAAAACAUGAAUGUAUCAGUCCUCUAGAUGAGUUUAGCCCAGGACUCGAUCCCGGAAAAAGUGAUGCUUUAAGCUCCACUGGUGAUUUACAAGCACCUUCUCAGUCCACGGUGACUGACGAACGAGAUGAAAUAUGUCGCACUGAUGUUAUUGAUUCGGAAAAGAGAUCAAGCAUGCAUUCCUCCUCUAGUGUUGAAGUUGAAGGAGAUGCAAAGCCUGCUGAUAUUUCAGUGAACCAAUGGGAAGCUCGUUCUGAAAUCCAACCACCGCCAUCUGCAGCAAGUUGGGAUAUAUCUACUACGGAGAUGAGUUGGAGAGUGGGAUCGGAAAGUAGAACCACCAGUUGGAGAGGUGUGCAGGGAAGUGCAAACCUGGGCCAAAUGGCAACACAGGACGGUAUAAGCAUGAAUUUUGGUGCUUCUGCCGGGAAUCCUGGUUUCCCCAAACUGAGAAUCGGCGGUGACAGAUUCUCUGGACCUAGAGAUUGGGGUUUUCAGAGCAGGGAUGUAGGAUAUGGUAGAGGUAGGGGAAUGUGGAACAGCCAGCCCUUUUUUGUUGGUGGAAAUGAAAGUUCUUUCAGGCCUCCCAAAAGUCAUAGAAUUUGUAAAUUUUACGGAAGUGGGUAUUGUAAGAAGGGAGCGUCGUGUGAUUAUUUGCACCCAUGAAUUUGUGGGUUCUUUGCGAUAAGGUACCAUACCAUUUAAUUCUGUAAUCAUUUAUUCACAUUAGGGAGUCUGUUCCUGCCAAUGUUGUGAUUUUAACCUGUAAAAGUAUCUGUCAAGGACUCUCAAGUAGCAUUACAAAUUAUUUUUUCUCUUU